AUGCCGCCACCUCCUUUGAUCACUUUGGAUGUGGAGGGCGUCUUCUUCAAGACGAGAAUCGCCACUCUCAAGUCCAUCGAAGGCACCUUCUUCACUCGUUUCUUCGAUUCGAAUUGGAGAGAACAACUCGACAAAGUGAGUCAUGAAUCGGUCUCCGAACUUUCUCCUCUUCUAAACAGUUCCCAACUGUCUCAUGGCCCCUCUACACCCAUUUCCAUCCCAAUUUUCCAUCCACCAAGGGCCGGCCAUUGAUGACGUAGGCACUCGACAGCUGGCCUCGGUAAAGACCAUUUGUUUGGUGGAUGGCUACGUCACAGACUCCGCCCAUUGAAUGGUGAACGGAUUGGUGACGUAGGCAGACGCCAGAUGGAUAGUUACCGCAAUGACGACGUAGAAAAUGAAUGGGGGAACAGCCGUGAGAUUUGAAUUUCCGGGUACUGGAAGCUUGGAGAAAUGUUUGGCAUUAUUUGGCUUUGGUAACGUCACACCGAACCGUCCACCAUUCUGUGACGUAGGCAUUCACCCAAACAAAUGUGGGCCACCGACCAGCCGACAGUUGUCUACGUCACCAAGGGCGGAAGGGUCAGAAUGAUGACGUAGGCAGACAAUGAGAAUGGAAUGAGGGUGAUCGGAGUGACGAAGGCAAAUGGGACAGAGCGAGACGUUUGAAUUUAUGGGCGAGUGUGGAAGGAAUCUUAUCAAAUAUUGCUUCAGGAUGGAAAACUAUUCAUUGAUCGGGACUCAACAGUUUUUCCAGUCAUUUUGAACUUCCUCAGAGACCACGAGAAAUGUCCUCUGCCAAAGGACGAGUAUCAACUGUUGCGAGUGCUCAGAGAAGCUGUGUGAGUUCCAGACUACAAGGCAAACAGCAAAAUAUAUUUCGAUUUUAUUUCAGGUUUUUCAACAUUGGACCUCUGAGAAACGUAAUUGAGCACAAGUUGAGGUAGUUUGUUAUCUUUCUCAACUUCCUACGUAGGCCCAAUGCUGCCGGCUUUCAGAGCUUCCACCUCAUCCGACUGCACUUGUCCUCCAGGGAUCCCUUCAACGCCUGUUCCCCAAAAAGAGAAUGUUCCGAACCCUCGGAUCCUGCUCUCGAAGCCUCCACCUCCUCCUCCGCCUCCAUCUCUCGUCCAACAACCGAAAGAUACGGUUCAGAUUCCUAUGCGGAAGCCGCCAGUAGACAGAACUUGCAAGAAGUUGAAGAAGUCAGCAGACUCGAUAAGUCUGCCAAGAAAUUUCACGUGGGCUCCUCAAACUGAUGCUCGCCUCACACACGAAUCCUUUCAGACACAUCGCCCAUGUUGGAUGGAACGGUUCUUCUGUUUUGUUUGACAAGAAGUUGACCGAUGAUCCGACGGUCAAAAAAAUCUGUGAUGCGGCUGCGGAAGCUGUUGAUUUGAAUGUGAACCGAGUGAAGUUUAUAUGAAAAUUGUCAUUUGUUUCAGGCGGUUUAUAACGUGGUUAACAAGAACGCCGACGAAGAAAGCCACAGUGUGGAAGUGCUGAUCACAGGCGGAGUGAUGCAAUCGAGGGACGGAACUUCCCGUCACUGA